GAGCGGCGCCACUGAGUAAAGUACAGAGAGAGAGAGGAUCAACAGCCGGCUGUGUGUCCGUCCUGAAGCUCGAGCUAGGAGCUCUCCCACAUCGCGGUCUGACGGGUAUGGUAUGCGGCUACGACGAUUCGGGACGAGCGAGCAAGCGCGCGCUGCGCGAAAAGGCAGGCGCAGGUCAGCUGCUGUGGAGGGUUACAAGAAAUUUGACGUGCAUGCACGAUGCGUCGAGUCGACUGGGGGGGAUGUAUACGGAGCAAUUCGUGGGGGUGCCCGUAGCCGAAUGCGGACGACGAGGCAGGCAGCAGAGAAUAAGCGGCUGAAGGUAGAUGUAUGGAGGGCGGAGGGAGGUGCGGCUGGGUGUGUGUGUGUCUGUGUGGUCUAUGUCGACUAUGGUUGGGGCGGAAACGUGUGUGGUGGUGGUGAUGGUGAAUAGUAAAAUGGAGUGACUGUGGAUGGACGACUCCCUACAGCUAUUAUUGUACUUUGGGCGACGGCACGUACCAAACUAGCUGCUGGCUCAAGCGUCGAAUUUCAGGGCAGAAGCUGGUCACUCACUCAGCACACUACACUACACUACACUACUCAAGGACAGUCAGAAAACGGCGAGGGCUUGCUUGCUGGGUGAGUCGGGCAGCCCCUG